AUGGUAUGUUCAGCGUUUGAUUCUAAAUUUUCGUCUAAAACUCAAACGGUACUAGUUAGAACUGUUUCGGAUCAUAGUCCAUUACUUCUAGAGCUCAAUCCCGAUCUUAAAACCAACUCAAGUUUUAAGAUUGAGAAUCACUGGAUUAAACACCCAUAUUUUGUUAAGAAGGUGGAAACUUGGUGGACACCUAUGACUUUUGUUGGCACACCUGAUUAUGUUUUGUUUCGAAAACUUCAGAAUUUGAAGUUCUUUAUAAAACCUUGGAGCAGGGAGGUGUUUGGUAAUGUUAAGAAGGAUGAAAAUAUGUUAAUUGUGAAGAUAGGGAGUUUAAACUCAUAUGAAGAAAGUGCAAGCCUGACUGAUGCACAGUUGGAGAAAAGAGCAAUUUUACUGAAUAGGUUGAAUACUAUUAAGGUGACUAGGGCAAGGAUGGCUUAUCAACGGGAAAAGAUUCAAGGGUUCAAAGAAGGUCAGCAGGCUUGGCUGGAGCGUCCGUUUGGUGAAGACGAGGUGCUGAGUGCAAUCAAGAGAUGUGGUGCAAAUAAAGCACCAGGGUCGGAUGGAUAUAAUCUAGAGUUCUUUAAGGCUUGUUGGAGUUUUCUUAAAGUUGAAGUGAUGGCAGCUGUGAAUGAAUUUCCUGAAAAGGAGUCUUUAGAUUGGAGAUUAAAUGUGGCGUUUUAUGAGAUUGGUCCCGAAGAAGGAAGAAUCCGCAACUGUGCAUUCAUAAAAGAUAAGCAAAUCUUGGAUGGUAUACUUAUAGCAAAUGAAUGCAUAGAUAGUAGAUUAAGACAGAAGAAGCCUGGAAUUCUUUGCAAGAUAAAUAUGGAAAAGAUUGAAUGGAUUGAAUGGUGUGUGACAAGAGUACAAUUCUCUAUUUUGGUUAAUGGGGAAGCAACUAAUCUUAUAAAGCCUUCUAAAGGAAUAAGGCAAGGUGAUCCUUUGUCGCCUUUCCUAUUUCUGCUGAUUGUUGAAGUUCUUUCUAUGUUACUCAAUGAGGCGGUGACAGACAACAGAAUUGGUGGUUUUCAGGUGGCGGAGGAAAGGACAGUGAUUUCACAUCUUCUAUUUGCAGAUGAUACAAAUAUUAUGAUUAAUGCUACUACUCAUGAAGUUAGAAGGUUAUUCAUAAUUUUGUUGAUGUUUGAGGUUUUAACAGGAUUGAAACUGAAUUUGGAGAAGAUUUCGAUGACAAGCAUAGGGGCAGAUGACUUGGUGGAGGAUCUGGAUAUGGAGUUAGGCUGUAAAACGGAUACUUUGCUGAUUACAUACUUGGGCAUGCCUAUUGGAGCUAGUAAAAGGAGUACGGAUAUCUGGGAAGUGGUGAUUGAGAGACUGAAGAAGAAACUAGCCCCAUGGAAGAGGAAAUUUCUUAACAAAGUUGGUAGAUUAACUUUGAUUAAAAGUUCACUAGAGAGCAUUGCAGUUUAUUUCCUAUUUGUGUAUUAUUUACCUGUAUCUGUGGAAAAGAAACUGAACAGUAUCAUGCGUAAGUUUCUUUGGGGGGGAAGAGGAGGGGAAUAA